AAAGGGAAUUUGUUUCUUUCUUGGAAAUGGACUUAUUUAUGCUCUCUUCAUCUUGUAUUUUACGUGAUUAAUUCAUUUUCCAGUAUAAACAUUGAUUCGUAUUCCAGGUGUGGGAGUUCCGGACUUGAGGCGGCUAUGAGCUUGUUUUUGGUCAUGGAGAACAGAGAUGUGGUCACUUGGAACUCCAUGAUUGGUGGGUUGGUCCGAUUUGGGGAAUUUAAGUGUGGGUGCAAGCUGUUUGAUGAAAUGCCUAAAAGGGAUAUGAUUAGUUGGAACACGAUGUUGGAUGGGUACACCAAAGCUGGGGAGAUGGAGAAGGCGUUUGAGCUGUUUGAGAGAAUGCCUGAGAGAAAUGUUGUUUCAUGGUCGACUAUGGUUUGUGGGUAUAGUAAGGUAGGUGACAUGGAUAUGGCGAGAGUGCUAUUUGAUAGGUGUCCGGAGAAGAAUGUGGUGCUUUGGACGACGAUAAUAGCGGGGUAUGCUGAGAAGGGAAAUGCGAAGGAGGCGACCGAGUUAUAUGGGAAAAUGGAGGAGGCUGGGUUGAGGCUUGAUGAUGGGUUUUUGUUUAGUAUUUUGGCGGCCUGUGCUGAAUCUGGAAUGCUUGAGUUGGGGAGUAGAAUUCACACGUCUAUGAAGAAGUGGAGGUUUAGAUGUAGCAGUAAGGUGUUGAAUGCAUUUAUUGAUAUGUACGCGAAAUGUGGUUGUUUGGAUGCUGCGUCUGAAGUCUUUAGUGGAAUGAUGGUGAAGAGAGAUCUGGUGUCUUGGAAUUCCAUGAUCCAGGGGUUUGCCCUGCAUGGACAUGGCAAGAAAACGCUUGAGCUUUUCUCUAGGAUGGUAGACGAAGGUUUUCAGCCAGAUAGAUGUACAUUUAUUGGCCUCUUGUGUGCUUGCACCCAUGCAGGACUUGUUAACGAAGGGCGCAAAUGCUUUUAUUCAAUGGAGAAAAUGUACGGGAUCGUUCCUGAAAUUGAGCAUUAUGGUUGCAUGGUGGACCUUCUUGGACGUGGGGGACACCUAGAAGAAGCUUUCACGCUUCUGCAUAGCAUGCCUAUGGAACCAAAUGCCAUUAUAUUGGGCACUCUUCUAAAUGCUUGUCGUAUGCAUAAUGAUGUAGAUCUUGCAAGAGCCGUGUGUGAACAACUGUUUAAGUUGGAGCCAUCAGAUGCUGGGAAUUACUCCCUUUUGUCAAAUAUUUUUGCUCAAGCAGGAGAUUGGAUGAAUGUGGCCAAGGUAAGGUUACAAGUGAAGAAUACAGGAAGCCAAAAGCCUUCAGGGGCUAGUUUCCUCGAGGUAGAGGAAGAAGUGCAUGAAUUUACUGUAUUUGAUCGGUUACACCCUAAAUCAGAUGAUAUAUAUCGGAUUGACAUAUUGGUAGAGGACCUCGAGCACGUUGGAUCUGUUCUAAUGACACACCAAUAGAGGUGAAUGAAAUCAUUGGUUGCAUUAGCAUGCACAACACAACUGAAUUGAUGCUUCAAGACAUGUAUAUGAUUAUUUAGGUUGGAAUACUUGUAUAAAACUGAUUCCUAAUCAGGUGUAUAGUCCACCAGUGGAAGCUUACCGUAGCAGCUGUAGACAGAUUAAGAAAGGGUAUCAGAGAAACAACAGCCCUCGCUAUUAUAUAUCUGUUCUUGAAGAUGAUAGUGAUGGAAAGCAAUCAGAAACAUAAGAACCUCGCAUUGUAGUUCAAAUGGACAUAGAGAGUCCUGUUAUAUACCAGAAGUCAUGUUUGGACCAUUACUUUGAUAAACCUAUAAAAGUAAGUGGAGAUGUACGUGUCAUAUUCUAUGAGAAAAUGAUAGGUGGUCGCCUUUUCUACUUCUGUUUUAAUACAGCUUUUAUUAAGAACAGCUUGCUACAGGGGUAAACAGCUCUGAUGUAAUUUUAUGAUCCUUUUCGGCUCACUGUUUUCUUUCAGGAUACACGAUUUCCCCUCAACCCCAUUUGUACUAUUGUACCUUUUAUCGCCUCUAUUAAUUCCUUCUUUGAAACAAAAAAAAAAAUAAAUUCUAUGAUAAACUUAAUAGUUUAAUUUAUGGGUUUUCAAGAUUAAUCAAAUUUAGAAGUACAAAACUGAGAAGCAGCUUUUUCAAUUCUUUGAAUUCAGACUAAAUGAAAUAUGUUCUUCAAUUCAUCAGAUGGAGACAGUAAAGAAUAAAGAUUUGCCAAAAUCAUUAAAAUGACAAAAUAAUAAAGGGUCCAUGUGAGGUAGAUAUAAUCAUUAAUUGGUUUAUUUAAUACUGGAAUGAUCAAACCAUUUCUAACUUAAACAUUAUAGUACCUUUUCUAAGUAUUAUUUAAGUAGUUGUAGACCAAGUAAAGACUACAUUAAUAAACUAAACAGAGCAAAAUCAAACCAUUUAAAGUUAUUAGUACUUCACUAGUCUAGUAGAAGCAAGUGUAUUGAGUAUUAUUUUUUUUUUAUAUAUUUUACAAUUAAAUUCUUGUUGUUUAUUUAUUUUUUUAACUCAGCGACAUAAUUAUUAUAUGGUCUUAUCAUUUCCUUACUUGUUUUCACUUCUUAAGAAAUGUGAGAUUUUGUAAUUAAUAUAAAAAUUAUGUUAUGAUUAAUGUAAAACAUCGAUUAAUUUUUAGAGUGUUUUUCUCGACACCUCAUGCAUCUCACCCUGCACCUUCUUAUUUUAUUUUUUUUUCCAUUUGUAACCUUGUCAGAGAAUCUUUGAAUGUUACUUUUUCUUAAUUCACCCAUUAAAUAAUUAAAAGCCUACACCACUCAUCCCUUUUUCCUCACUAUCAGCAUCUCAUAUUCCCAAACCUUACACUCCAUUUCUCCUCUUGAGUGCUUCUCCUCCCCUCCUUCCUCAUUUGUUUCUAGUAGUCUAUUCUUCUUUUUCAUUUGUUGGGUGUCCGGAUUGAUUCUGAUUUCCUUAAGUUUAUAUGUGGUAUUUGUAUGUAUUGUUUGUAUGUGCUGGGAUGCAUUUCUAGGCUGGAUUGAAGGUCGUAAUUGCACCUGGAAGUGCGGUUGAGAACACGAGCUUGUCGAAAUUGGAAAUGCAGUAGCCGCACUUGGAAGUGUAGUUCAUAGCUCGGCGCACUUGGAAAUGUGGUAGCCACAUUUCAAAGUAUAGUUCAUUCUCACCGCAAUUUCAGUUCCGGUUAAGUGUGCUUUCAUUCUCACCGUUGUUUAGUAUGUCUUUCCGCAUUACUCUUCACCCUUCAUUAAUUUUUAAUC